AUGGGUUUUGGUAUUAGAUGGAGGACCUGGGUGAAAAAAUGUGUGACUACAGCAUCUAUGUCAAUAUUGAUCAAUGGGUCACCAACCAAGCCGUUCAAGAUGGAGAGGGGCCUCAGACAAGGCGAUCCUCUCUCUCCAUUCCUGUUUGUUCUCGUUGUUGACGUUCUGCAUAGGAUGGUGGGGGAGGCGGUUAGAAAUAGCAGAAUAUCUCCACUGCUGGUGAGAAGGGACAAUAUAAAAUUGUCGCAUCUCCAAUUUGCAGACGACACCAUAUUAUUUUGUCCUCAGAAAACGGAGAGGCUAGUGAAUUACAAGAGGCUCCUGCGUUGUUUUGAGUUAAUGUCUGGCCUGAGUAUCAACUUUGAAAAAUCGAGCCUAAUUUCAGUCAACUGUGAGAAGGAAUGGGUGACGAAUAUGUGUGGUCUGUUGGGUUGUGGCGAAGCGUUGGACCCAACUGUAAUGUUAUCAAACCAACCUGUGCCAUCAAGAGGGGGGCCGUGGAAAGAUAUUUGCCAGCUUAAUAUUAAGGAGCAACAGGCAAGAGAUAUGAUGAUCAGGGGUCUGUUGAUAGAGGUGCUACAAAAUGAGACGCUCCCAACCGACAUCACAAGUUACAACUUCACAAGCUCCAUUUGGAGAGGCUUGGUGUGGUGUGCAUGGCUGACAUUUUCUGAUAGAGCUUGGGCCAUCCCGGGAACCACUAAAGAGUUCUAUGAGAGCUGGAUCGAAGCAACAGGUAGGAAGUCUGAGCAAAGAAAAUGGCUGAUAGAAUUUUGUGCGGUUAUUUAG